AUGGCGCAAGGAACUUACAGGGCUGUCAUGUGCGAGAAGAUCUCGGCAUCUGCGUCGGAAGGUAUUGAGGCAGCAGUUCUGCGCGAGCUUCCUCGCAAAGCACAGCUGGGCGAUCAGGAGGUGCGGAUUUCUGCCAGAGCGGCUUCCCUAAACUUUCCCGAGCUACUGAUGAUGCAGAACAAGUACCAAUACAAGCCCAAGUUGCCCUUCGUACUGUGCACGGAAGGUGCGGGCGUUGUGGCAGAGACCGGAUCCAAGGUCAGUGGCUUGUCCGUGGGCGACAAGGUCUUCUAUGCCACCAUGGGAGGCUGUGCUGCAGAAGAGCUCGUGCUACCGGCACAGAUGUGCAUCAAGAUGCCGGACACGCUCUCCUUCAGCCAAGGGGCCAGCUUUCACAUGGGCUACAUGACAGGCUACCAUGGCCUCGUGACCCGAGGGCGGCUGAAAGCCGGAGAGUGGCUGUUGGUCACCGGGGCCGGGGGCGGCAUGGGCUCCAUGGCCGUGGAGUUGGGCAAAGCCGUCGGCGCAAAAGUCAUUGCAGCGGCGAGCUCCGACGACAAGCUGGAAAUGUGCAAGAAGUUGGGAGCAGACUAUGUGGUGAAUUACAGCAAGCAGAAAUUGAAAGACGCAGUUGGAGAGAUAACAAAAGGCGAAUUUUGCGACGUGAUCUACGACCCGGUCGGAGGUGAGAUCUUUGACCAGUGUGUGAGAUGCGUGACACCGAAGGGCUACGCGCGGCUUCUCGUCGUCGGCUUCGCGUCUGGUACCAUCCCAAAGUUCGGAAUCAACAUGGCUCUGAUCAAGGGCUUUGAUCUGGUGGGAGUCCGAUCUGGUGCCCAACUGGGUUUGGAGCCAGCGCUGGCAAGGGAAACAAUGUUGGAGCUCCUCCGACUGGCCAGUGAGGGCAAGCUGAAGCCCUAUGUGGGCUCCGAGUUCCCGGUCGAUCGUUUCAGGGAAGCUUUUAAGCUCAUGGAGGAACGCAAGGUCAUCGGUAAGUGUUGCAUCACUUUUGCCGCCGAGCCGCACAGUAAGCUUUAA